AUGGCAUCUACAGCUCGUCACAUCACACAGCUUUCGCGACGCUGCACAGCGGGCAUCCCCCGUCUAUAUCACGCCUCUGCUGCUCUUCGGCUCCCCUACAAGGACUCCCAAGAUCGCGAAUCCCUCAAGCCGAGAUCCAACAAUGGCACAAGGUCGGCUCGAGACGACGAUGUCUCGGACCAGAAGGACGCCGCGUUCAACCCUCGCAAGACGGAUCCGGAGUCGGAACUUGAGGCGGCUGGCCGAGGCAACGAAACGAACCCGCUGAGUGCGAGCGGUGCGAACCAGGAAUUCAACAAGCCCAUGGGAGAAGGAAAGUCUGCGCAUGAUACGGGUCCUGGCAAGGAGACCAGGAAAGGAGGGAGGAGUGGUGGAGGAAGUGCGCCGAAGAAGGGGAAGCCGCCGAAAGGUGAUCUGUAG